CCGAGAAGCGGUCCGACCGGACCGUGACAGCCCCUGACUGCGACCAACACCACCACCGCCACCACCACCACCACCAUGCCGCAUUUCACCGCCCUCAACUUUAACGACGGACCAACACGACACCCCACUGGAACCCUCACCGUCACGCUCACGGGCCGAUACUCUGGCAGCGUCCCCCCCGACACCAUCAUCCAGAAAAUUCACAGCAUUCUUCCGACAGCGCAAAUCAAAAAAAUAUACAGACUACAAACAUACUACACAUAUUACAUCGAACCUCAAACAGACACCGACCUCAGCCCCCUACACCUGAAAACCUUCAGAGAAGUGGCGGAGGGGACUGACGCCCUCUGCCAGAUGACGGCCCGUGAGCGUCGCAAGAUCCACCUGCAGUGGGUCCCAGUGACCCUCACCGAAACACACAUCAAACAAAUCGCCCAGACCUUCACUAGACCGGACACCCCUAUUGACUUCCUCCCCAGGAGGUAUGGCACCGACGACCGCCAUAUCCUCCUGGCGGAGGCGGACGAACAAGACAUCCCCCACUACGUCAGAGUCUCGGGCUGCGGGCCGGACACUCUCUCCAUAUUGGUAACCAUCCCCGGGCGCCGGAUAGCGUGUAUCCACUGCGCCCGGGACGACCACUACUCCUCAAAGUGUCCGGCCGGCAAGCCCGAGCAGACCAACGACGCCCCAACAACGACGACGACGAUAACAUACGCCGACCGCCUAAAAAACAACCCACGACAGCCCCACCAACCAACGACGAGACGUCCGCCGACUGACACCGCCACUGCCACCACCGCCGCCACCACCCCGGCCGUCGACACUCCAGCGCCCGCCCUCAACCCGACCGCCCCCACCAC